CAAAUAACAUAAAAUUUUUUAUAUUAACUUAAAAAUGGCCAGUUCGAGUUUUGUUCCUAACUUAGUUUUUCUCCUCCUUGGCUUCAGCAAAGUCGGCAACAUUCCUUGAAGACUAAAGGCUCCUCUUGGCAGCACAGAUUUACUUGCAGGUUAUAUUAUAUAUAUAUACUCAGCAUUUAGCAGGCUGUUGAAAUUAUGGCCAAGCAUCAUCCUGAUUUGAUUAUGUGCCGGAAACAGCCUGGAAUCGCCAUUGGAAGACUUUGUGAGAAAUGCGACGGCAAGUGUGUCAUAUGCGACUCUUACGUGCGUCCUUGUACACUUGUCCGGGUUUGCGAUGAAUGCAACUAUGGAUCAUUUCAAGGUCGCUGCGUAAUAUGUGGAGGGGUAGGGAUAUCUGAUGCCUACUACUGCAAGGAAUGCACACAGCAAGAGAAAGAUAGGGAUGGCUGCCCCAAAAUUGUUAAUUUAGGGAGUGCCAAAACCGAUCUAUUCUAUGAACGCAAAAAGUAUGGCUUUAAGAAACGAUGAUGGGUGUGUAAUUCUUUUUUUUCCUCCCAAUAUUUGUAUCUUUUCCCUAAACUUAUCAUAAAUUCAUAACCAUGGGAUUUGAGAGCUUGAGCACAGACUAUUAUGUUGCAAAAUUGUUUGUAAUGUGAGUGCAUGACUAGUGUACCACUCACGGAUCACACAAUAUAAUUGUUGGAAAUUUAAACUCUGUUAGGUGCAAUCUUGUGACUUGUCAGCAUCUCUGAAGAUUACUCUGGAAAAGUAUUCCAUGAUUAGUAAUAUGUUUUACAUUUUUCAAUAUUGUAAUAUUAUGUCUUUAUCUGCUGUAAUGUUUGAUGACCAUAUAAUGCUCAUGUUUUUAUUGCUUAAUUCUAGAGGGUAGGGAUAACCUUGUAUGCAAUAUACCAAAGUCCAAAAUAGAUGAAUGAAUGUUAC